AUGACAUUUCAAGAAAAAUUAAAUAGAUUAGCAUUUAAUCAUUGUAUUUUGGUUGGAGCUGUUAUUGGUUCUGUGACUAGUGGUUUCAUAGCUGAUAAGAUUGGAAGAAAACCUGUUGUCUUGUUUACUGCUCUCUCUACAGUCGCCGGAGCAAUAGCGUCAUGUGCUGUCGACUCUAUUGUAGCUGUUGGUAUUCUAAGAAUUCUCCUGGGAUUGGGAGUUGGUUGUGCAUCAUCAGUUUGUCCUAUUAUGGUUGCUGAAAUUGUACCCAAAGAAAAAAAAGGAUUUUUGGGUUCAUUCUUCCAAAUUUCUAUUACAGUCGGUAUUUUAAUUGCCAAUAUUAUUGGUUUAGUUCUUAAGAGAUCAACCAAUAACUGGAGAUGGAUGUUUGCAAUUGGAAGUGUCCCAGGAAUUAUGUUAUUUGCAUGUUGGUUAAUUAUGAAAGAAUCACCUGUUUUCCUUGAAAAGAAACAAAGAAAACAACAAGAAGAAACCAGUUCGACUCCUCGUGUUAGCACUAUCAAACUAUUGUUGUCAAAGAGAGCAAGAAAACCAUUAUUCUUAGGAUUUAUUUUAGCUGCUUUUGCUCAAUUAACAGGUAUCAAUGCUUUUAUGUAUUUCUCAACAACCAUUUUCUCUGAUGCUGGUAUUGAAGGAAGAGAUGCACCAGAAAUAGCAGCAGUUAUUUUACAAAUUUGGAAUGUUUCAACAACUUUGAUUGCUAUUUCCUUGGUAGAGAGAGUUGGUAGAAAGAUUCUAUUGUUCAGCGGUUCCAUUGUUAUGACAAUGAGUGAUAUCAUCAUUGCCAUUGUCUUUUUGGCUGCUCAUGGAACUGCCAAAGGUUGGACAUCAAUUGUUUUCCUGUUUAUCUUUGUUGGUGCUUUUGAGGCAUCUAUUGGUACCUUGUUUUGGUUUACGAUUAAUGAAAUUAUGCCAGAAGAUAUUAAAAAUAUUGGAGCACCACUUGUCAAUGCUUUACAAUGGUUCUUUAAUUUGAUUUUAUCAUUUGUCUUCUUGACAGUAGUAAAGUAUCUUGGUCAGAGUACGAUGUUUUGGAUUUUCGGUGGUGUCGGUAUCGUUUGUACAGUUUGUCUUUACCUCUUCCUUCCAAAUCUCAAAGGUGGUCAACAAAUGGAGGAAGUCGAUACUCAAACCAGUGAAUCCGAUGUUCCAGUUGACAAAAUGGGUGAUCCUCUUCAGGUCGAUAAAAUGGGUGACCCAAUCAUCCCAAAUGAAAAUAAUAAAGUGCAAGAACAAGAAGUUAUAACAUGGGCUGUAUCAGCUACAAAAAAUGUUGGACGUCCAUCAUUCAAUUCAAAUUUUAAUAAGAGUUUCACAACAUCUACUUCUUCAUUAAAUUCAAUAUAUAAUAUAAAAAGUAAUAAUAAUAAUAAUUGUUUAUAUAGAAAUUUAGAUUAUAGUAAGAGUCUAGGUAGUAUUAGAAGUUAUUCUACCGAACAACAACAACCACCACCAAAACAACCUACAGAGAAUAAACCAGAUCAACAACAACCAAAAGAAGAUCAAUCACAACAACAACAACAACAACAACAGCAACAGCAACAGCAACAACAAAGAAGAGAUAGAAGAGAUUAUAGUGAAGAGUUGAAAGAAAAGAAUAAGAAUGUUGGAAUGUGGGUACUUGCAUCGAUUAUUGCAGUGUUGGGUGCAUCUUAUGCAGCAGUACCUUUGUAUCGUGUAUUUUGUAGAGUGACAGGUUAUGGUGGUACCGUACGUGAGUCAGAAGAUCUUCUAUUGGACACAUCGAAACGUAAUCUCAAUCGUGAGGUCUAUCCAAUCAAGGUUACCUUUACAUCAUCGGUUGGUAACAAGAUUCCAUGGACAUUCAAACCAACUCAACAAUCAAUCGAAGUUUUACCAGGUGAACCUGUUUUAGCAUUCUACAGGGCAACAAAUAAUACAGAUGCGCCAAUUAUUGGAGUAGCAACAUAUAAUAUUACACCUAUGAAGGCAGGACCUUAUUUUACCAAGAUCCAAUGUUUCUGUUUUGACGAACAACGUAUUAAAUCAAAUGAAACAAUCGACAUGCCAGUUUUGUUUGUAAUCGAACCAGACUUACUUGACGAUAAGAGUCUCAAAGGUAUCACUGACAUCACUCUAAGUUACACUUUCUUCAAAUCCAACGAUCAAGGUGAAUUAGAAGAGAUUUAA